CUGAUUGAACACUCUACACCUGAAACUAACUUUGGGGAGGUGCAGUUUCAGGUGGAGAGAGUAUAAAUAUUUUUUUCUUAUUCACUAUUUGACAUCAGCAUCAAGAAAAGUUUAAAAAUACACAAAAUAAGAAAUUCUAUUCAUGUUUAAUAAACUUUAGUUAUCAAAUUCUUGUCAAUCAGUUUUAGUUUCAUUGUUUUCAUGUAUACACCCACUCAUAUUCAAGUUACAGAUAUUAAAGAUAAUGGAAUGUCAAAGAAUCGAUCUCUUCUUUAUCAGAAAGAUGGAUUAAUUCAACGCGCCAAAGGUCUUUUGACAAAAGGCAAAAAUGGCACCAACAACUGCUUCACGACGAUCGCUUUGGGAAAGGAAAAAUAUCAGACUUCGUUGAAAGAUAACGCGCCAUCAAAUGUCGAUUGGCACGAAGAAUGUGAACUAGCAAUCCCAACUCAAGGCAAUCGUGCUGAGCUUGUGCUUACAUGUCUUCAUCAUAACAACUUCGGAAUUGACGAAUUCCUUGGACAAAUAACGCUUCCACUCAAUCAAAUGGAUCAAUUUGAGCGUCCACGAUCACGUUGGUAUAAAUUACAAAGCAAACCCGGACAUGAUAAGAAAGACAAAGAUCGUGGCGAACUUGAAGUUAGAACAGCAUUUACAGUCAAAGCUGGAUCACUUAGUGACUUGAGUAAAAAGGAAAAAGAGAAGACUGGAGGUGUGGGUGGAAGUCUUCUAUCACUUGGCACCCUUGAAAAGCGUAAAAGUCUGAAAAAGUUUGCUAAAUCCCUUGGAUCAAAGAUGCACGUUACAGGGAGAAAGAAAAAGGAUAAAAGUGAUGACUCCGAUUCAUAUUCGGGAAGUUUCUCGAGUCUUGGUACACCAAGUAUGGGAAUUAAGAAUUCACGUAACAUGGGAAAUAUUGGAAAUGCCGAUCCUGGUGUGAUAAGUGAAGAUGAAGAUGAAUUUGUCUUCGAUAAUUUAUCACAUAAAAGUUCGGGAAGUUCAUUAAAUCUUCGGUCGAAGACGAAUAAUUUGAUAUUAACAGGAAAGGAUGAUGUGGCACCAUCAAAGACAGCAACGUUGCCGCCAAUGAAGCCGCCACGGAGUUUAAAUGAUACACCAACAAAAGACACGAAAGUUGAUGAAUGGGAAGCGAAGUUGUAUGGGAAAACUUUAGAUUUGGGACAUGGUCAUAGCACGGAUUCUUUAAAACGACGAUCGUGGGAGAAUUCUCGUGUUCCCCUCAAUUCGGAAGAGAAUGCAAAAGAAAAGGAAGAACUGGAAACGACAAUUGAAGAACAAUCGUUGGAAAGAAUUUCAUUGUCAAGCAGUCCAACAGCACCAGCAACACCAAAAGUCAGCAAGAGACAAAGUGAAACGUUCAUUGAAGCAAAACCUCGUCCACUUCCACGUGCUAACACUGCUGCUGAACCGAUUGUAAGUCUUGAUAUGGUGGACGACAACAAACCCAACAUGUCACCAAUUUCAUUGAAGACCGACAAGCCUGAAAAGACCGACAAUAUCUUCGCCAAGAAAUGGAAUAAAUUUAAAAAAGAAUUGACGCCAUCAAAGCAAGAUGAACACAUUCGUAAUCAAUACAAUAAAACAUCAACUGGUAAUGGUGGCGAACGGAUAAUCAUUGGUGGGGAGAACAUGUUCAACAAUCAGACUUAUGCUGAGAAGAAGGUUGAAGUGUCGAAGGAAAUCCUUGCUAAAUAUGAUGGAAAAUCAAAAGAAGAAAUCAUGAAAAUUGCUCACAGUUUAGAGAACGAUUUAUUGCAACAAAAGCAGAAGAACAAAGAGCUUGAAGAAUAUUUGGAUGUGUUGCUUUUAAGAGUCAUGGAAACUCAUCCAAGAAUUCUUCAAAAUCCUUAUCAACAAAGAAACCAUCUGAAGCAAAGUGGAUAAAAGCUGCUAACAAAUCGCUGAUGAAAAUCCUACCAGCCUUUUGGUGCCUUCAAAUUAAACCUCAACUUUUUGGGAUUCGUAAAUCUUCGUGGCCUUAAAAUUUUAUUAUUUCAUUACCCAUUAUCAAAAAAAAAACAGUAAAAACAUAAUGUUAAAAGAUUUUUUAAAAUUAAAGGGAAAAGUUGCACCAAAAUGAGAAUUUCUUCUACCAUCCUGAUCAAAAGGAAGAGUUUCUAUAAGGUUGUUACUUAAAUAAGACAUUGAUUAACUUUUUAAUUGUUUUUGAAGAUAUUUUUAUUUUCCCAUUCCGUUGACAUUUACUAACAAACAAACUUUUUGUUAACAUUAAAAUAAAUUUUUAACAUUUUUGGUUUUGUUAGCUAAAACUUUCAAACAUGAAAGUUGACCGAUUCAUUUCAUUAAAUUAUUCAUCAUGGAGGGUGAAAAUAUUAAGUUAAAAAUAUAUUUAUUAAAAGUUUUCAAAAUAUUUAUUUAAGUUAUGAUAAUUCAAUUAUUUCUGAUCAUUUUGAAGUAUUUUAAGUGAAAUAAAGAAGUAAAACAAAAUAAAUUUUAAAUUUUAAUGACGUUUCGAGUUUGAAUUUUAAACUAAUUCAG